GAUUCGGUCGAACCAGGCACACAGUGACAAACCUCUGCAAGUUUUAUGUUGUCGAAUACUGGAGCCUUCAACACCAAUGUAGGCCUGUGGCUCUCGAUCAUCCUCGUGGCUUUCGAUCGUCGCCACGUUGCGUCAGGUUGCGUCCUGGCAGAUCGUGGCUAACCGCCGGAACCUCUGAGCUGGCACAAAGCAUGUCACUCUUGUGAAUCGGUUCAAGAUCAUUUCUUAGAGGCCCUUGGAUCAUGCUAGAUCAUGCUCUAUCAGCACUCCCCGAGUGUCGGGGUUGGGCUAUACACACAGCUCUGCUCCAUAUUUUACCGUGGAUACUAUGGGUGAUCCAUCUCAAUCCGGCUGCUGGUUAAAUCGCUCAGCUUCCCAGCUGAAUCCUACAUAACCUCCACUACAUCCCAUUCUACUCACUCAUCGAUCGUGAUGCAACCCACAUCUUCAACGAAGACCCGGGAAGAUCCCUUAGCUUUCUAUAAGUCUCUUCCAACUGCUGAUGUCACUGGCAUUUGUGGAAACAUAUCCGACGCAGACAAGCAGCUCAAUGCCAAGAUCUUCUUCUUCUUCAUUGGACCCAUUGGGACAUUUGGCUCUUCCACUGGUCGUCAUCUACGGCUGACAAGCAUUGAUGUGUACCACGGAGCAUCCGGUGCUCUAGAGGCUCGCGUCAUACUCGAGGCAGACGUUACCGAGGAGAUGUGCAAUGUCUAUGGCAUUGUCCACGGCGCGUGUGGAGCGUACAUGGUUGAUGUUGGCGCUGCAAUGCCACUGAUUGCACUUGGUGUUGCAAAAGGAGUUGAUGGAUCUGGCGUCUCGCAGGCGAUGAACAUCGUCUAUCAUAACGCACCUCGGAUAGGAACAACGCUCCGGGUAAUUGCAACUUCGAUCACCGCUGAAGAUAAACUUAAAUCUGGACGUGUCGAGGUGUGGGACAAACACAAAGAGAGGCUGUACUUUUCCGGCGUGCACAACAAGAUUAGCGUUCCUCCACCCCGCGGCAGCCCCAUCAAAUCUCAUCUUUGAAGUUGUAUUGCGAAACCCACCGCAUUGUAUCGUACACUAGUACUGUAGCUAUAUGAUUUGUCUGACUAUCC